AUGCGGAACAAAAGAAGGCUGCUCCAUGGAAACCAAAACAUCACAACUCCACCAAAGCAUCGCGAGAAGCUAGGUCGCUCCCACUGCCCGGGAGGGGCGGAGCAAGGGCGGGGACCAGAGCGAAGUGGGAGGAGCCGGGGCGCUUCCGAUGUCCGAGUCUGGAGACAGUCUUGCUUCAGGCGUCGCCCCCGCGUGACUGUGCUUUACAUAAUCGCCGCCUUGUGCGUCAGAGUGGCGUACUCAAGCCCAGACCGAAUCAGAGUUGUCAGAAGCUCCGUGUUCCGCCCCUUUUCAUUAGAUCGACAUCAAAAUGAACCACAACCGCGGGGGAUUGUUGUCGGACCCCGUAAGGAAUGUCGGAUUGCACACCCUGUUGUGAAGUGCACCUACUGCAGGACUGAGUACCAGCAGGAGAGUAAAACCAAUACGAUAUGCAAGAAAUGUGCUCAGAAUGUACAGUUGUAUGGAACGCCUAAACCUUGUCAGUAUUGCAACAUAAUUGCAGCAUUUAUUGGCAAUAAAUGCCAGCGCUGCACAAAUUCAGAGAAGAAGUAUGGACCACCAUAUUCUUGUGAACAGUGCAAACAGCAGUGUGCAUUUGACAGAAAAGAUGAUAGAAAGAAGGUAGAUGGGAAAUUGCUGUGCUGGCUGUGUACACUUUCAUACAAACGUGUCCUUCAGAAGACCAAAGAGCAGAGGAAGCACCUGAGCAGCUCUUCUCGGGCCGGCCAACAGGAGAAGGAGCAGUACAGCCGCUUGAGUGGCGGCAGCCAUUAUAACAGCCAGAAAACACUUUCUACAUCUUCAAUUCAAAAUGAAAUCCCAAAGAAAAAAUCCAAGUUUGAAUCAAUUACAACUAAUGGAGACAGCGAUGCUUCCUCUUACGAGCUGCUUUGUCCUAAUAUCCAGAGUGCCCCAUCCAUGUUGGUGCAAUGGGCUGCUUCCCAACAGCGUCUUGGGGCCAACCAUUUUCCUGUUCCUCCAGGCCCGGGCAUCUUGAACUUUUCUCCAGACCUGGCCCUAGACUCACCAGGCACUGACCACUUCGUCAUCAUCGCCCAACUGAAGGAAGAGGUGGCUACUCUGAAGAAGAUGUUGCAUCAAAAGGAUCAGAUGAUUUUAGAGAAAGAGAAGAAGAUUACAGAGCUGAAAGCUGAUUUUCAGUACCAGGAAUCUCAGAUGAGGGCCAAGAUGAACCAGAUGGAGAAAACCCACAAAGAAGUCGCAGAACAAUUGCAGGCCAAAAACCGAGAGCUCCUGAAGCAAGCAGCUGCCUUGUCCAAGAACAAGAAGUCUGAGAAGUCAGGAGCUAUAACUUCUCCGUGACAGCCCAGCAGUAGCAGAUGGAGUCACCUUGGGUUAGGGUUGGAGACCUGGCUGUUUGCUGGGAGUUGCAAGCUUUCUUAAGAAAUCUCUAUUUUAUUAUAGUUACCCUUUGUGCGAUUGUGGUGGGCUGAAUGGGAACACCUGGUUUGAGCUGCGCUAGGACUGCAUGCUUGAGUGUCUGGGUUUCAGGCUUGCCUCCUCUUUCUCUCAUCUGCUCCUUCUACUCUUCUUCCUCCUUCCCCUCUCCUUCCUGCCUCUCCUCUCUCCCUUUCCCUCUCUCCUUUCUCUCCUCCCCUGUCUCUCCCUCUUUGUCUCUGUUUUGGUACUAUUCUUUGGUGUUUUUGUGGUGAACACCGCUCAGUGUUAUGUGCAGAAUGUUUUUUUCUGUGCAUCAUUGCAUCCUGCCGUACCCGUGAGCAACAGUUUGGCACUAAUUACCUAUCACUGCCACCUCUGAGCUUUGGAAAACUGCCACUUUAAGACUGGUACAGUGAGAGAGGCUUUCUCUCUCCAAUUAACCUUUUGCUUCAGGGUAUACUCUUGGGUUUUUUUCCAGGUAUAUUAUGUAUGAACUUUGUACUAUGUAUAAUCAGAGUUUUAUUUAUUUUUUAAGAAAAAGAAACUUUUUCUUGACAAAGGAACAAUGGUAGCCUAGAUAGUUCUUCUUGUAAAAGUGAUGCCUCUGGGGAGAAAAAAACAGUCGUAUUCUCUAGCUUUUAGUAAAAGAAUCAGAUCUUUUCUUUACUUUAGAGUCUUAAAAACUGAUUGCUAAGCUGAAUUCAAUGUAGAAGUAUGGAGUUAAGUGCCUUUAAGUGGAUUUCUUAGUAGAAUGUUUAAGGAGAUACUUAAGGGAGGUUGCAAAGAUUUGAACAGUCUGUCUUUUUAAGUAAGGGCAGAAAGGAAGGUUGUCCAGGUUGUACUGGACAUUUCGCUCCCCCACCCCUUAUUCUUUUACAUGAUUGAUUUUAAAAUCUCACACUGCCACUUUUUGUUUUUUAAUACCUUUUUACCUUCUUAUCAGUUGUUAUACUGAGCGAUUGUCAGAAAACUCUUUACAUGAGCAGAUUCAAAAUGGGGUCUUGGAGGAGGAGCAUAGCUCAGUGCAGAGGCCAAGGGUUCAGUCCUCAGUACCCAAAAAAAA